ACAAACAAGCAAAAAAUUAGAAACUUCGAUUGAUCGGUCUACCCAUUAUUUUAUAUUAUAUAUAUCGAUUGCUCCUCCCACUUGAUCGCACGUCACUCCUUGAUCCAAGAUGUCCGCCAUCUAUCGGCCCAUUCAAAUUUGCGUCACCAUCGUCGCUAUCUUUAUCCAUUUCACGCUUCCCAAUACUUCUAUUAAUCCAUUUAAUUUAUUUCUCUAUAUAUCCACGUUUUCUCAAUGUUGCCGAGAAAAUCCCUUCUGGGUUUCUCGGCUUUCUCCUCCUCCUCCUCCUCCAAUUCUUGGGACUGCUUUUCUUUCUUUAGUUAUCGGACUUUUGAUGGUGAUAUGAGAAACCCAUUUGGGAGUUAGCUUGUUUUUUUUAAUCUUUUGUGUUUUUACGUUUGAGGGUGUUUCGGGGUUUGGUCACCAGAAUCUAGUAACGUAGGGACGAGUUGAGGACCCAUUUGGCUUCUUUUGGUGGUGGGUACCUGAGAAUUUCAAGGUUUCUCAAGGUUUGUUUACUGUUUUUGGGUGGAUUUUCUUGCUGGAUUUGGAGUCCUGUGCCGGAUUAAGAGGUUGGUUUUGUUGCUUUUGUACAUGUCUGUGCGAUAAUUGCAUUUGUGAUUGCUAAUCUUUCCGAUUCUCCGCUUCCUUUUUCCAUGAGCAUAGAUAUCGUUUUUUGUCGGUGGUGAAAUAUUUUCUCAAUUGAUUGCGACAUAUCCAAGUUUGGGGGAACAAAUUCAAUCAUUUUCUCGCCCUUGCACAAUCCUUAGAGCUGCUACAUCCUUAAAUAUUGUGAAAUUUCAUUUCUUGGUGUCCUGUUAAUUGUUGUUUCUGAGCCAUCGUUACUGUUUGUUAAAAUUCCACAAGAUACAAUCUUUAAUUCAGACAAGAUAUGGAUAUAAGUAAUGAGGCCAAUCUUGGUCGCUUUUCAAUUGGACCCUCAACGAUCAUUGGCAGGACUAUUGCUUUCAGAGUCUUAUUCUGCAAGUCAAUGUCACAUUUGAGGCAUAGAAUAUAUCAUUUGUUAUUGAAUUACUUGCAAAUGUUUAGGGAUGCAUCUGCAUCCAUACUGUCUUGGUUCCAUCCAAGGAAUCCUCAAGGUAUACUGGCCAUGGUGACAGUAAUUGCUUUUAUGUUGAAACGAUACACGAGUGUGAAAUUGAGGGCUGAGAUGGCUUACAGAAGGAAAUUUUGGAGGAAUAUGAUGAGAACUGCAUUGACAUAUGAAGAGUGGGCACACGCUGCAAAGAUGCUUGAUAAGGAGACACCAAAGAUGCAUGAAUCAGAUCUUUAUGAUGAAGAACUUGUGAGAAAUAAACUUCAGGAGCUACAACACCGUCGACAAGAGGGAUCUCUUAGAGAUAUUAUCUUUUUCAUGAGAGCUGAUCUUAUAAGAAAUCUUGGUAAUAUGUGUAAUCCAGAGCUUCAUAAGGGUAGGCUUCAUGUGCCCAAGCUCAUAAAGGAAUACAUAGAUGAGGUCUCAACUCAGUUGAGAAUGGUUUGUGAUUCAGAUUCCGAGGAGCUCGCACUGGAAGAGAAGCUAUCUUUCAUGCAUGAGACAAGACAUGCAUUUGGGAGGACAGCUUUGCUUUUGAGUGGUGGUGCUUCCCUUGGAGCCUUUCAUGUGGGUGUGGUUAAAACCCUGGUAGAGCAUAAGCUUUUGCCAAGAAUAAUUGCUGGUUCUAGUGUUGGAUCCAUUAUGUGUUCUGUUGUGGCAACUCGGUCGUGGCCAGAGCUACAAAGCUUUUUCGAGGAUUCUUUACAUUCAUUGCAGUUUUUCGAUCAGAUGGGUGGGCUUUUUACUGUUGUAAAGAGGAUCAGGACACAAGGAGCUGUCCAUGAAAUUCGGCAGUUGCAAUGGAUGUUAAGGCAUCUGACGAGUAAUCUAACAUUUCAAGAAGCUUAUGACAUGACAGGUCGAAUUCUUGGGAUCACAGUUUGCUCCCCUAGAAAGCAUGAGCCUCCUAGGUGCCUUAACUACCUGACUUCACCGCAUGUUGUUAUAUGGAGUGCAGUCACUGCUUCUUGUGCGUUUCCUGGCCUUUUUGAGGCCCAGGAACUGAUGGCUAAGGACAGGAGUGGAGAAAUUGUUCCAUAUCAUCCACCUUUUAAUCUGGAUCCAGAGGAAGGAUCAAGCACAUCUGUACGCCGGUGGAGAGAUGGUAGCUUGGAAAUUGAUUUACCAAUGAUGCAAUUGAAGGAAUUGUUUAAUGUCAAUCAUUUUAUUGUGAGUCAGGCAAAUCCUCACAUUGCUCCAUUAUUGAGAAUGAAGGAGUUUGUGAGAGCUUAUGGUGGUAACUUUGCUGCCAAGCUUGCUCAUCUCACUGAGAUGGAGGUAAAACAUAAAUUCAAUCAGGCACUGGAACUUGGUUUUCCAAUGUGGGGAGUUGCUAAGCUUUUUGCUCAAGAUUGGGAGGGUGAUGUCACUGUUGUUAUGCCUGCCACACUUGCUCAGAUAUCAAAAAUUAUACAAAAUCCAACUAUCCUGGAGCUUCAGAAGGCAAUCAACCAAGGGAGAAGGUGUACAUGGGAGAAACUUUCAGCCAUAAAAGCCAAUUGUGGUAUUGAGCUUUGUCUUGAUGAAUGCGUCGCUAUGCUUAACCAUAUGCGUAGACUCAAAAGAAGUGCCGAGAGGGCAGCUGCUGCUUCUCAUGGCCUGGCCAGCACAGCUCCCAGCACUGUCAAAUUCAGUGCUUCUAAAAGAAUCCCAUCUUGGAACUGCAUUGCUCGAGAGAACUCAACAGGCUCACUUGAAGAAGACCUUGCUGAUUUUGCUUCCACACUCUAUCAAGGUGUUGUUGGAUCUGGUUCUGGAGCAUCUUCUCUUAGAAAUGGGCGGAUCCACCGUAACAUGCAUGAUGGAAGUGAUAGUGAAUCUGAAAGUGUAGAUUUAAAUUCUUGGACAAGAUCUGGUGGACCGUUGAUGAGAACGACUUCUGCAAAUCAAUUCAUCGACUUUGUCCAAAAUCUGGAUAUUGAUGUUGAAUUGACCAGAGGCUUGAUGACGAAUCCGAACUCUCCAGGGGCUCAGAUGGGAAUCAGGGAUUCAUAUAAUCAAAUCUCCAGGGUGACAACACCAGAUAGUAGAUACUCGGAAAGUGAAUUUGAACAGAGGGAUUUUAGCAGUAGAGCAUCUAUUACAGUCACUGAAGGUGAUAUUUUGCAGCCAGAAAGGAUCCACAAUGGAUUUGUGUUGAAUGUUGUAAAAAGAGAAAACCUGGCACUCUCAAAUAGGACCCAGGAAGAGAACUACAACAAUGAAGUUCCUGAAUGUGUUCAGCUUGACUGUGCAGAAAGGGAUAUGGAUGCUAUCUCUGCGUCGGAAUACGCUGGUGAUAAUGACGAUGAUGACGACAAGGACAACGACGACAACACUACAAUGAAUUUACCUAACGAAACAGUUUCUGACCCUAGUUCGAAAAACACUCCCUGAAUGUAAGACAGACAAUAACAAAGUUUUGCAGAAAAUUUUCUUUUUGCAUGGAACAAUUGGGUGGAGCUGAUUUUGGGAUCACCCUGAUUUCAAAUGUUACUAAAUAUAGCAAUAGCACAGAGAAGACGAUAAUUGCUUAAAUAUCCAAGGUCACAGUGAUUUCGAGCGAUACUGGUCAAGAACAAUGGAGAGUAAAGAACCAUUUUUUCGACUUCAGAAUAAAACUUGCUCAGAACUUAACAAGAAGCUUGAUCAACUGUUUGACUGUUAUUGCAAUGUUAUUUACUAACAUGAACUAGAUUUUUAACCUCACCUCUCUGAACAGAUUACAAGCUUUGUUUUAUGUAAAUUGUUAAUAAGCAAAAUAAAAAUAUUUAUCUCA